CAAGGCGGCCGCCAUGACGAAAUUUGAGGAAAAUUAAAGUAGAAAAUUGUAAUGGUGGCAUCAUGCAGACAUUCAAGUGAUUCAAUGCUGACAACUUUUUCAAAAAAUUCAAUUUUCUCUCAAUGUAAACAUAAUCGUUGAUUAUAAUAAUAUUAAGGUUUCAACAAUGGAGGAGAAUUCCCUAAAACAUUGUUUUUUAUGUCACACUAGGAUUGGGAUAUUGAAUAAACCAGCAAUAGAUAUAUUUUCAGAAGAGAAUCAGACUUGUGCUGAAAGGCCUUUAAUGUCAGCUAUAGUAUCAAUUUUAGGAAUAGAUAUUAAACCAUUAAGUGUGCACUCUACAUCAGUUUGUGAGCCAUGUAGAAAAGCAGUCAACGAGUAUGAUGAACAUGAGAUGAGAUUAUCGGAACUUAAAGUAGAAAUAAUUUCUAACUAUAAUAGGACUAUUGUUAAAUAUAAUGGGAUACCCAUAGAAGUAGAACACGAAGUGGAAGUUUUAGAAUAUAGUGAUGACGAUAAUGAAGAACAAAACUUCAAUCAAUAUAAUGACAUAAUAGAAGAAAUUGAUAAUGAAGCAGAAGAUGACCAAAUAGAAUAUUCAGAAGAUGCAGAUAGGGAUAUGUCUAUUGAAAUGCAGCUAGAGAAACUACAUAAUUCAGAUGAAAAUACAGAAGUUAAUAAGAUUUCUUUUGAAGCAAAUGUAGUAAAAGAUGUUGCACAUAAAACUGUUCAAGAUUUUGAAGAACAAAUAACAAUCCAUGAGUUAGAUGCAACUGGUGCCCCAGUAGGGGGUGCUACUUCUGGUAAUGAAAAAGACGGGGAAGAUAAUGAAUCUCAUGAUAUUAUAAGUAUUAAACUGGAACCAGAUGAUGACUACUCACCUAGGACAAAUAUGAUGAAAAAGAGACGAUUGCCUAUUAAGAAAAUUAAAGAGGAAACUGAACAAUUACAACCGUUGGUGACCCUAGAUAAUUCUGUGUACACCUGCCUAUUAUGUCCACAAGCUGAAAAUAAUGACAACACAACAAAUGACAGAACGUUUGAUGCAAAAGCUAUUGUUUUACAUAUGAAAACUCAACAUGACCAAAGGAUAUAUGUUUGUGAUGUUUGUGGGAAAGACUUCAGGAAAAGAAAUGAACUUAGUGAACACUUAGAUGAGCAUGUGGCAUUAGAAGAAGGUGAUUUUCAAUGUGAAACAUGCAACAGGAUAUUUUCCAAUUUUCGUUUAUUUAGGAUUCAUAGGAGAAUGCAUUACCCAACUAACAAAUCUUGGUCUUGUGAUGAAUGUGGGAAAAAAUACAGUUCCAGAAAUCUCCUUUAUGAGCAUAUGAACACACACACAGGUAAACGUCCAUACCAAUGUGAGCAAUGCUCGAAAUCAUUUGCAUCAAAAUAUACGAUGGCUGCCCAUAUGAAAACACAUACAGAUAGGCCUAGGCCUUAUCAAUGUUCUCAAUGCACUAAAGCAUUUUUUAGUCAACAGAAUUUAACACAGCAUGAAAGAACUCAUUCAGGAAUCAAGGAUUAUAUUUGUAAAACAUGUGGUAAAGGAUUUGGUACACCACACAACUUAGAAGUGCAUAAUAUUGUACAUACUGGCUACAAACCUUUUAUUUGUCGUACUUGUGGAAAAGCGUUUGCCCGAAGAGCUGAAAUUCGUGAUCAUGAACGAACUCAUACUGGAGAAAGACCAUAUUCAUGUGAUAUUUGUGGAGCAAAUUUCUCACAAAGAUCAAAUUUACAAAGUCACAAAAGAGCAACUCAUUUUGAUGACAAGAGGCAUAAGUGUGAAUUAUGUGAAAAAUGCUUUAAAAGACGUAGAUUGCUAGAUUAUCAUAUUAAAGCUACACAUACGGGUGAACGGCCUUUUAAAUGUAAUGUUUGUGAGGCAGCCUUUGUUUAUCCUGAGCACUUUAAAAAACAUCUGAGGAUACAUAGUGGAGAAAAACCUUAUCUUUGUGAGGUAUGUGGAAAAGCUUUUAACAGUCGUGACAAUAGAAACGCACAUAGGUUUGUGCAUAGUGAUAAAAAGCCAUAUGAAUGUUUGGUUUGUGGUCAAGGAUUCAUGAGGAAGCCUCUACUUUAUGCUCAUAUGCAAUCUCAAGGGCAUCUUAAUGACACGAUUGUUGUGAAUCAGCCAAGAUUACAAACAGAUGAUUUUACACUAAACACCGAUCAUGAAGCUAAAAUACAAUGUAUAGCAGGAGAUGAAAAUGAUAUAGCAACAGCAAGUAUAGAAGAAACUGAUGGAGUUUUUCUCACAGAUCUUAAAGAUCAUGUAAUAAUACAAGAUGGUGACAACAUUUAUGCAACAGAAGCUUCCAACAUACAUAACAUAAACGAACUCACAUCUCAGCCUGCUUCUGAUGAUGAAAAUUUAGUCAUUGAUGGAAAUCAAAUAAGAUUUAGUGAUGAAACAAAUGAUGGAGACCAAAUGGGUAUUACACAGAUAUCUAUAGAUGAUGAUGGUGUGGAAUAUGCAGAUCAAUAUCUUCAAGUAAUAACAGAUGAUUUGGAUGCAGAACAGAUAGAAAUUAUAUCAAAUCAACAAAGGACGAUACAAACAAGUAAUGGUCCAGUUCAAUUAGUUCAAAUUAGAAUACCGGGUCCGGAUGGUAAAGAAGACAAGGCCUGGGUUAAUCUUGUAACAUCAGAUGAAGCUUAA